AUGCCUUCAGUAGAGAGUAUCGGUCUUGGUGGUGGCUCUAUUCUCCAUGUUUCUGGAGGGGACAACGCAAAUGUUGCAGUGGGUCCUGACAGUGUUGGUCAUGAGCUUACUACCAAGGCUCUAUGCUUUGGAGGGUCAGUCGCGACCGCGACCGAUGUUGCUGUAGCCCAAGGGGCCGAUGUUGGGACUUCUCAAGUCUCCCUUCCGGGAGACAUCGUUGGCAAGGCUCAGGCUCAAAUCAAGAAAAUGCUCGAAUCAGUGAUCGACAAGGCCAAGCUGUCUCCCGAUCCAUGUACUGUCAUUCUUGUUGGGGGUGGCGCCAUUCUCUGUCCGCCUGACCUUAAAGGUGCCAGCAAGGUCGUACUGCCUGAACACGCUGGCGUUGCUAAUGCCAUUGGUGCUGCCAUAGCAAAAAUUCAUGGUGCGGCCGAGAAAAUUGUGUUUGGCUCAGACAUCCAACGCGGCAUUGCGGAUGUCAAAGCACAGGCUAUUGCGAAUGCUAUCGCCAAAGGCGGUGAUGGUAGCGAACCUACAAUUUUGCUGGAGGAGGUUGCUGGGGUCCCCUACACCGAGGGCCAGACAUCCAUCAAAGUAGAGGUUGCACUGCCAGCAGAUCAUGCGCGAGUGUACGCCGAGAUGUUGGAUACCACUUCUUCUGAAGAAGUGCUGGAGCAUGAGCUGCACGAAGAGACAAAAAACCAUGAUAUUGAUGAUGCAGGAGAUGACGAUAAGAAGAUCGACCUCAGCACAUACAAACCCACUAUAAAUUCUAACGGUGAAUGGGUCCUUACAGAGACAGACCUCAAGUUUUUAGAAAUAGGCUGCUACCUUCUCGGGUGCGGCGGCGGCGGGAGCCCAUAUGCUCCGUAUCUACAUAUGAGGCAGCUACUUCUUGAAGGCGAGAGCAUCAAAAUCAUGCGGAUUGAAGAUCUUAAGGACGAUGAGAUGAUGCCCCCUGUAGCCAGUGUUGGUACACCAGCAGUCAGUAUUGAGCGGCCAGGUGGUGACGGCGUCUGGCAUGCUAUGCAGGCGAUGGAGAAAGAGAUGAAUGUCCAGUUCCAUAGACUGGUAGCAACAGAGAUAGGAGGAGCUAACGGUGUAGGGACUCUGGUUUGGGGUAGUUCAAGAUACUACAACAUACCGACGGUAGACGGUGACAUGAUGGGUCGGGCAUACCCAAAUUUUGAGAUGGUUUCCCAGUACAUCAAUGCCAAGUCUAUCAACGAACUUCUUCCGGUCUUUUUAUGCAGCGGUACCGGUCAAACAGUCAAGAUUCCGGAUAAUCAGGUAGAUGAAACAACAGCUGGAAGAGAUAUUCGCAUUGCUUGUGUGGGUAUGGGCUCCGCUGCAGGGGCCGCCGGUCGACCUAUCUCGGGGAAGCUCAUGCGCGAGGUAGGCAUUCCGAAUACAUACUCGUUAGCUUGGCGAUUAGGACGUGUGGUGGCCAAGGCACAGCAAACCGCCACGUUGUCAACAAUUACCACGGCGUUAAUCGAGGCCGCAGGCGGACCGAAAAGCGCCAAGGUUAUUUUCCAGGGGAAAAUUCGCAGUGUCGAGACAAAAAUCACAACUACCGCUCACAGCCUUGGGAAGGUAACAUUGGAGAAGCUGAGCGAAGGCGAAAGAGAGAUGGCAAGCGAUGUUGUCGGCUCAGAAUACGAGGAGAUCGGCGUCCCAUUCAUGAACGAAAAUCUUUGUGUUAUUGGGAAAAAGUCAGAUGGCUCAGAAACAGUUCUUGCUACUGUCCCCGACUUGAUAUUCUUGAUUGACACAGCCACCGGUGAGGCGGUUGGUGUUCAAGAAUAUAGAUACGGCUUGAAGGUCUCUGUGAUGAUAAUGGCUCCUCAUCCUCUAUGGGCUACUCAACGCGCACUCGAUAUUGCUGGGCCCAAAGCGUUCCACCUUCCAUACGAGUAUACCACAUCACUCGAGUAUACAAAGCCCAUCAGCGUUAUUGACGAGUUCAAACAAAAAGCAUGA